AUGAGCCAUCCUGUAGAUGGGAAGGCAUGGAAGCACUUCGACGACAAGUACAAUUGGUUCGCAAAGGAUGCAAGGAACCUGAGGACUAUUGCAAGAUCUUUGGUUGAUGUAUUUAGACCGGAGGAGAUUGGUGCAAAAGAAAAUGAUGAUGGUAUAGGAGAAGUUAUGGCACAAUUAUCUGCAGAUGACGAUGCGAUUGCUGAAGAUGUGACAUAUAGGAAUACUGAUUUGGAUGAAACUGAUGAUGACUCGUCUAAUGUAGAGCUUGUACCAGAACAUGAGGUCGAAAACAAGGCUGUAGAUACAGGUGGCUAUAUGUUUGAAGGUGAUGUUGGAGAUGACGAAUUGUACAUUUCGAAAAAGCAACAAUGUACUACCCAAAGUACAAGAAAAAAAGAUGGUGCAAAUCAGGAUAAAGGAAAAGGCAAGGUCAGUGGUAAGGCAAUUAGCAGGGCGAAGAAGGCAGAUGCUUCAAGUUCGACAAAGAAAAAUUCUGAGGGGCCAUAUAUAUCUGAUGACCCAAAUGAUGGAAACCGCAGUCCAAAUGAAGUUGAUGAUGAGACUCCAAGUGGUACCUUCGAGGAGGAGGAUGAGAGGUGUGCUGGAGAGGAUGAUGAUGUUUCUUUAGGUUCAGAGGACAAUGAAUACAAUAGUAGUGAUGAUGAGGACGAUGAUGAAGCCACUGGGGAAGAAGAACCGGAGGGUAAUGCUAGGGCGCCCCAAGCAGUGCAGGAAAAUGAUGAUGGCGAUGGAUCCAGCCCUAGUCAUGAGGACAUAAGUGGUGAUGAAGAGUGUAGGGAUGGGGCAAUGGGUCGAGCUGUUAAUAAUGCUGAGGCACGAUUUAGUUAUACCGCUGAAGAGUUGCGCAUGAUGAAGCUACCCCACAUUGAAGUCCCGGCGGUUUCAAAUGAUAAGGAUCUUAGUAGGAUCCAUAGAGCAAUUUGUGACUCAUAUGUCUUUGAAAGCGAGUCUGUAAUUGAUAGUGACAGUCCAGAGAUUCGCAAGGGCAUGAAGUUCAAUUCACUUCCAGAGUUGCAGUUUUUCUUAGCUGAUUAUGCAGUGCGUCAUCAUCGUCCAUUUAAUGUGGUUCAUUCGGACAAGAGCGUACGGUGA